GAGAGAGAGAGGGAGAGGGAGAGGGAGGAAGGAAGGGCUGCUCCUGCAGCACAGGGCAGGAGGCGUCUUGCCUGGGAGGACCCUGGCCAUGAGCUAGGACCAGCCGGCCCUCUUGGAAGCCCUGCACAGAGGGUGCUCGCGAGGGAGAGGGAAAACACCAGCAUGGCCCAGCCCAGGAGGCAGACGUCCAGCAGGGCGUCGAGCACCGGCCCCAGGAUGACCACGGAAGCAAGUGGCAAGCCCCUGAAAGUGGGCUCCCGAGUGGAAGUCAUUGGAAAGGGGUACCACGGGACGGUAGCCUAUGUGGGUGCCACGUUGUUUGCCAGCGGGAAAUGGGUUGGUGUCAUUCUGGACGAAGCCAAAGGCAAGAAUGAUGGCAUCGUGCAGGGCCGGAAGUACUUCACCUGCGAGGAGAACCACGGCAUCUUUGUCAGACAGUCACAGAUCCAGGUGUUUGAUGAUGGCGCAGAUACCACCUCUCCGGAGACGCCAGAGUCUUCAUCCUCCAAGGUCCCCAAGAGAGAUUCUUCAGAGGGCCCCAAAGCCAGCAAACUGCGUGGAGUGAAACCUAAAAAGGCCGCAACCACACGGAAGACCACCACCAGGCGGCCCAAGCCAACCCGCUCGGCCAGUUCCGCUGCCUCCAGCGGCACAGCAGGGCUCUCGGGCUCGGCCUCCGCGUCGGCCGGAGAGAUGAGCAGCAGCGAACCCAGCACGCCUGCGCAGACGCCCCUGGCGGCCCCCAUCGUCCCCGCCCCACCCCUGAGCUCCCCAGGGGCGCCUCCGGCAAUCUUAUCACCUACCAAGGAGGAGGAGAGCCUGCGUGCUCAAGUGCGGGACCUGGAGGAGAAGCUGGAGACCCUCAAGAUGAAGCGGAACGAAGACAAGGCCAAGCUGAAGGAGCUGGAGAAGUACAAGAUCCAGCUGGAGCAGGUCCAGGAGUGGAAGAGCAAAAUGCAGGAGCAGCAGGCGGAGCUGCAGAAGCGCCUGAAGGAGGCCAAGAAGGAAGCCAAAGAGGCCCUGGAGGCCAAAGAACGCUACAUGGAGGAGAUGGCCGACACAGCUGACGCUAUCGAGAUGGCCACUCUGGACAAGGAGAUGGCCGAAGAGCGAGCUGAGUCUCUGCAGCAGGAGGUGGAUUCCCUCAAGGAGAAAGUGGAGUACCUCACCAUGGACCUGGAGAUCCUGAAGCACGAGAUCGAGGAGAAGGGUUCCGAUGGUGCCGCUUCCAGUUACCACGUCAAGCAGCUGGAAGAGCAGAAUGCCCGUCUGAAGGAGGCCCUUGUGAGGAUGCGGGAUUUGUCUGCCUCCGAGAAGCAGGAGCACGUGAAGCUGCAGAAGCACAUGGAGAAGAAGAACGUGGAGCUGGAGUCCCUCCGGCAGCAGAAGGAGAAGCUGCAGGAAGAGCUGAAGCAGGGCGAGAGGACUGUGGACGAGCUCAAGGACCAGGUGGACGCUGCUCUGGGGGCAGAAGAGAUGGUGGAGACGCUGACGGAGAGAAACCUGGAUUUGGAGGAGAAAGUCCGCGAGCUCCGCGAGACAGUCGGAGACCUGGAAGCCAUGAACGAGAUGAACGACGAGCUGCAAGAGAACGCCCGGGAGACAGAGCUGGAACUGCGGGAGCAGCUGGACAUGGCGACUGCGCGCGUGCGCGAGGCAGAGAAGCGUGUGGAGGCCGCGCAGGAGACGGUGGCUGACUACCAGCAGACCAUCAAGAAGUACCGAGAUCUGACUGCCCACUUGCAGGAUAUGAACCGGGAGCUCAUGAGCCAGCAGGAGGCUUCUGUGGAGAGGCAGCAGCAGCCUCCGCCAGAGAUGUUCGACUUCAAGAUUAAGUUUGCCGAGACAAAGGCCCACGCCAAGGCCAUCGAGAUGGAGCUGCGGCAGAUGGAGGUGCAUCAGGCCAACCGGCACGUCUCCCUGCUGACCUCGUUCAUGCCGGACAGCUUCCUGCGGCACGGUGGCGACCACGACUGUGUGCUGGUGCUGCUUCUCAUUCCCAGGCUCAUCUGCAAGGCCGAGCUGAUCAGCAAGCAGGCCCAGGAGAAGUUUGAGCUGAACGAGAGCUGUGCGGAGCGUGCCGGCCUCCGGGGGGCGCCUGGGGAGCAGCUGAGUUUUGCCGCUGGCCUGGUGUAUUCCCUUCUGCUCCUGCAAGCGACGCUGCACAAAUAUGAGCAAGCCCUGAACAAGUGCAGUGUGGAGGUCUACAAGAAAGUGGGUCUGCUUUGCCCGGAGAUGAGUGUGCACGAGCGGUCGCUGGACUUCCUGAUUGAGCUGCUGCACAAGGACCAGCUGGAUGAGACGGUCAACGUGGAGCCCCUGACCAAAGCGAUCAAAUACUACCAGCACCUGUACAGCAUCCACCUGGCCGACCAGGCUGAGGACUGCACCAUGCAGCUGGCCGACCAUAUCAAGUUCACUCAGAGCGCCUUGGACUGCAUGAGCGUGGAGGUGGGCAGGCUGCGCUCCUUCCUGCAGACUGGGCAAGAGGCCUCGGACUGGGCCAUCCUCCUGAAAGACCUGGAGACCUCCUGCAGCGACAUCCGCCAGUUUUGCAAGAAAAUCCGGCGCCGCAUGCCUGGCACCGACGCCCCCGGCAUCCCUGCGGCUCUGGGCUUUGGACAGCAGGUCUCAGACACGCUGCUGGACUGCCGCAAGCACCUGACGUGGGUGGUGGCCGUGCUGCAGGAGGUGGCCGCUGCUGGGGCUCAGCUGAUUGCACCCCUGACGGAGAACGAGGGCCUCCAGGCCGUGAAGCUGGAAGACUUGGCUUUCAAGGCCAGCGAGCAGAUCUACGGCGGGCAGGGCAUCAACCCGUACGAGUGCCUGCGCCAGUCCUGCAGCAUCCUGAUCGCCACCAUGAACAAGAUGGCUACCGCCAUGCAGGAGGGCGAAUACGACGCCGACAGGCCCCAGAGCCGGCCGCUUCCCCCAGUGGAGCUUCGAGCGGCCGCUCUGCGGGCCGAGAUCACCGAUGCGGAGGGGCUGGGGCUCAAACUGGAAGACCGAGAGACCAGCAUCAAGGAGCUGAAGAAGGCCCUCAAAAUCAAGGGCGAGGAGCUGAGCGAGGCGAACGUGCGGCUCAGCCUCCUGGAGAAGAAGCUGGACAGCGCCUCGAAGGACGCCGACGACCGGGUGGAGAAGAUCCAGACCCGGCUGAACGAGACCCAGGCUCUGCUGAAGAAGAAAGAAAAGGAGUUUGAGGAAACAAUGGACGCCCUCCAAGCCGACAUCGACCAGCUGGAGUCAGAGAAGAUGGAGCUGAAGCAGCGACUCAACUCCCAGUCGAAACGCACCAUCGAGGGCCUGCGAGGGGCCCCGGCCUCCGGCAUCGCUUCAGUGCUCUCCGGCAUCACAGGAGAGGAACAGCAGAGAGGUGUGGGUGCUGGCCAGGUGCUGCUGGGCGGGUCAGGCCCUGUCCAGGUGAAGGACUCCCCUCUGCUCCUCCAGCAGAUCGAUGCGAUGCAGCUCUCGAUUAAGCACCUCAAGAAGGAGAACAACCAGCUCAAGGGAGCCCAGAUGCGGAAGGAGUUGGCGUUGCUGCCCCCCCUGCGGGUACCCAAGCUCUCGCUCCCCAAGGACCGGCAGGCAGAGGAGGUGUUCUCCGGCUCCCUGUACCACAAGACGAGCCAGCUGCUGGAGACCCUCUACCAGAUGAGCGCCAACGCAAAGGUGGUGGACGUCACGCGGCAGAAGACAGCGGUCAGCCCAGCAGGCCAGCUCCUGGAGCAGACGGCACGCCUGAAAGCCCUGAGUGACACCAUUGAGAGGCUGAAGGAUGAAGUGAUGAAGGAGACGGUACGGCAGCACCCAGGAGCCAGCGUCCCCACUGACUUCGGCACCUUCCCCUCUGCCCCCUUCCUGAAGGCCAAGGAGGAGCAGAAGGAAGACACCGUCUACAUCGGCAAAGUGACCUUCCCCUGCCAGCCCGGCCACGGCCAAGUGCACAAGCUGGUCCUCUCGCCGGAGCAGCUGCAUCAGCUCCACACCCGCCUCAUUUCCUAAGAGAGCUUCUGCCCGGGCACACUCCGCACCUGCCCGGCUGCUGCCUGUGACUCCAGAGACUGCCCUUUGCUGCAGUUCUCUCCCUGCACCACUGACUCUCUCUCUCUCUCUGUGUGCACCCAAACCCCAUGCUCUGGCCGGGCACCCCACCUGCAGUGUAGCCUGGGCACUACCCAGGUACCCCUGUGCACCAGCUAGGAUUCCCUCCCCAUCUAGAGGGUUCUGUGAGGUGCCCUCUCCCUCCUCAGAGGCAGGCAGCACGGGGGCUUCUGACCUUUCUCUAGGUAAGGCUGCCGAACACCCAGGGCCCAAAGGCAGGCACAGAAGGGAGCCCCCUUCUCAGCUCCCUGGGAGUGGGGCACGUGUGCCCUGUGAAGACCGCUGUCUGCUUCCUGGCCGAAGGGAGGCGCAGCUGGGGGCUGGCCUGAGCUGGCGUGCUCCCGCUCUGCCGUGAGGCCCGGGGUCUCCCUGCCUCUCCCUAAGCCCCUCCAUUCCCUACGGUUGCCAGCCUGCCCUUGCAAUGCUUCCCUGCAGCACGGGGAGGGAGGAUCAGGUCCGGGCCAGAGAAGCAUCCUGUAUGGUGAGCUCUUCAGAUAAAUAAACUCCCUCAACUCAA